CGGCUGGUGGCGUAGCGGCAGUUGCUGCGUAAAGUUGUAGAUAAGCGGUCGCCGAAAGCGGUCGCCGAUCUUCCUCGUAGUAACCUUGUCCUAGAAGAGGCGGCGGCGCUUGCCUCCUGCGCGUACGCAGUUUCAUCGCAUCGCAUCCAGCGGCGGUGCAGCGGAAGCGCUAGAUCACGAGAACUUCGGACGCGGAUCCCGCUAGCAUCAUGAACGAAGCUGACAGCCCGGCGGGCAAGCGUCCCAUCUUCGACGCUUCGAAAUUUCCCUUGGGCGAUGCGAAGAUUUUGCCAGACUACACGCAACUGAAAGCACCCGAUGACAUCGACAACAUGACGAGCCAGUUUAUCCAGGGCUCCUACUCGCCGGUGAAGGAUGCCGUGCCGAACCCGUUUCACUACCGUAUCCACCUCACCCGGGCCGACAAGAUCAAGGUGGCCCUGAUGUCGGUGUUCGUGGUUCCGAUACGCAUCGUGCUAAUCAUUUUCUUCCUGUUUCUCACCUGGAUCGGCUGCUACCUGGGUCAGCUCGGCCUUUCGCACAAGGACCGCACAGAGAAGCCGCUUACCGGAUUUCGCAGGGCCAUCCAAAGCGUGUCCAGAGAGUGCGUGCUCAUGUGCGUGCGUUCAGCUGGCUUCGUGGUGCGUACGGUGGGACGGGCCGCGCCCGCCCACGAGGCUCCCAUCCUGGUGGCCGCCCCACACUCCUCUUUUUUCGACACGGUGGCCGCCAUGCUUGGCAACCCGGUGCCUUCGGCCGUCGUGCGCUCCAAGAGCAAGGGCAUGUUCUUCCUCAGCACUAUCUUGAACUACACUCAGCCAGUGUACGUGAAGCGGAGUGACCCCAACUCUCGCCAGAACACGGUGCGCGAGAUCACCCGCCGUGCUACCUCCAAGGAACCUUGGUCCCAGGUGAUCAUCUUCCCAGAGGGCACCUGCACCAACCGUUCAUGUCUCAUCACUUUCAAGCAGGGUGCCUUUGUUCCUGGAGUUCCAGUCCAGCCCAUUCUCAUUCGGUAUCCGAAUGAACUGAACACUCUCAUAUGGACUUGGGAUGGCCCCUCUGCCUAUGAAACCCUGUGGUUGACCUUGUGCCAGGUACGAACGCACAUGGAAAUUGAGUAUCUUCCUGUCUAUGUCCCAAGUGAACAGGAAAAGAAAGACCGCAGGCUUUAUGCUGAAAAUGUUCGCUACUUGAUGGCAAAGGCCUUGCGGAUCCCACUUUCCUCAUACUCAUAUGAUGAUCUUAAGCAUAUUGAUGUAGAAAACACCUGCCUUGUGAAGACCGUUGUGUGCAAUCGUGUGCAUCAUCUCAUCAGUAGGAAUCUCAUCCAGUUCCAAGAUAUUGGGGACGUGAUUCUCAAAGUAAAAGCUGCCAUAAAGAACAGCGACACACAUCUAGUGAGCUUUACGGAGUUUGUUGCCCUCCUAGGAGUUCCUGCAGACCAUAUUUCCAGGAACGUGUUCGAAGCUUUUGACAUUGAUCGAAAAAACCUACUGGACUUGCGGGGUCUCCUGGCAGCUUUCUGGUUGUUUCACAAGUCUGAACGACAUCGGACUGAAAAAGCUUUUAAGGAAUUUUGUGAUGACAGCAAGGGAAUAUGUAUGGUGGACUUUGUGCAACUUAUCUGGAUUCUUCUUGCACUACCAAAGUCGGCAGCAAUGUCCCUGUUUUAUAAGAUUGACACUGCUGCACUGGGGUGGAUUCACUUUGAAGACUUCAAGGAAUUUAUUGCCAUGACAAAGUGGACAGACAUCUUGGCAUCACCAUCGGGCAACAGUGACUCACUAGAUGGGGACAAGUAUGUGCCAAGCAAAGAAGAAUGAUGAGAGGGACAGUUGACAAGACUGUAGAUACAGUGUCUGUUUUCUUUUUGUGUUUUAUUAUUUUUAAUGGAGAACUGCCGGUUCAUUUUGUCACAGGUUUUCAAAUGUCUUUUUUUUUCACUCAGUGUAAAAUAUUUGUUUUCCAUUGUAAGAGUACAUUUCCUAAAUAUUGUGGCGACUAUGGUCCUUGGAGCCUAGUGCUAGCCACUUGGCAAAGUGCUGGACUUCCUUACAUGGGACCAGAUGCCAUGGGUGCUGGUUUUGAAUCUGUUCCCAGUUUUUUUUUUUUAAGGAAAUUGGUGUAACACGGCACUCAGUUUUUUUUUUUUUUGCUCACGUUAUCCAUACACAAUACUCCUCUAUUGAUGAAAAUGGCUGCGAGUGGUGCACUUGUGACAAAUGUGGCCAAAGCAUGCAAGUAUGCUGGAAGGAAGUACCACUUGUGCAGCUUUUGCUUGCUGUUCAGCCCAGUUGGCCUUGUAGAUUAACCUUUGUAAAAGUGAUCGGUAGACUUUUCUAGUGUCGGGUAUCUCACCCUGCCGGACUUUUCACCUAUCUCUUUGCAUCUGCACACAAUCUUUUGGAAUUCUUUGAUACGCUGUCCUAUGGUGAGACUGUGCUUUAGCACUUGCAAAUGCUCCGAGCUUGGCUUUAGUUUGGAAACAGCCAUAUUUUACUACUGUUCAAAUCUUGGAAGCUACCUUUACAGCUUGCACUCUAUACCAAUGGCCUUCUUAAAUAUUUUGGACUGAAGUAUAGCGUAUGGCACUGAUUGGUACUGUGUGUACUCAAGAAGGAAUGCAAUGGUAGUAGCUGAGCCUACUUCCUUUACAGUGGACAUCUAGCCAUACGGCAAAACCUGGCCCUGAAAUGGUACAUGCCCAGUUUUUGCUGAUGGCUGCCUUUAAGCCUGUUUGCUUGGUCCCCAUCCAGGAUGCUCACUCAUGAGUUAGUGACUUGUCUGAAUGUUGCUGAUUCAAUUUGUGAAUGGGAACUCCUGAAUCUGAGGUUUCAAAGACUUUGCAACAAGUAAGUGCACCAUGACCAUCAUGAGGUAGGUUUUCGGAUUCAACGCAAUCUUCAUGUUUGUUGGUCUUUUUAUUUAUCUGAAACAUGCAGUAGGUGACAAAUGUGGAAUUCUGAGUAUUCUGAGUGAGCUCUGAAGUAUGUCCGAAAAUAAAUUUAAAAAGAAUUCUAUGUUGCAUGCAGUUUUAUUAGCUCUCUGGAGACCAAAUCAAGCUACCUCUGAACAAAACCAGCGUGGUGUUUGAGCUUGUGCAUCUAAGGUCAUGUGCCACUUGGUUGUGGAGAUGUUUGCUAUGGAUGUGUAUGACUGCUAUCAAUGUUAGUUAUAUAGAAUGAGCUUUAAAAAGUGUGGUUACUGACCAGUCUUUUGAUGAUGUGCAGCAGGACGCAAAUGAUUGUGUAUAGCGAUUUUCAGUUGGAACCAAACCAGGUGACAUUUUUCUCGCCGUGUUGAAGUGAGCUCCUGUGUGCAGUUUAGCUAAAGCUUUUAUGGCUCAAGCUAUGGUUGACGUCAAUGUUAUCGCUGUUUGUUGUCCGAUACCCUGACUGCUUUGCUUUGCAUUGCUAAAGGCUGCACGGAUAAAUGUUCGGAGUUUGUCAAGCCCAUUCAGUAGCUUUUAGGCAGAUUCUGGUGUGAUGAACCUUGGCCAAAUUUUGCACGCAAUGUCUGUUUGUAGAUUAUCCUCGUCACAGGCUUGUCCCAGUUGUUUUUAUCAACUGAGAGGGAUCUUUUAUGCCCAUAUUUUUGUACUAGCAUUCAUCAUUGGUGUACAUGGAAGCAAAUGCCUCUACAAAAUUCGUUUCAGUGACUUCAGGUUUAUUAACGGUGUGCAUCUUUUUUUUUACUUUGCUGAGUUCUCUAAUUUUGUGAGUGACUAUAGUGUGAGUGAUGACAUGCUGUCUCAUAAUUUUAGUCUUUAUACGUGAUUACUGUCUGUGAAAACUUUGUUUGCUUAAAGUAUAUAACAUUUGUAAAGUUGCAAUAUGAUUGUUAUUUGUAAAGUAUGACAAGUUGGGAAAAGUUGUAAUACUACUGAUUUAUUAUUUAUGUAUUUAUCGGUCUGCAUGUGUCAGCGUAAUAAAUUCAUUUGUCUGAAUGUGGUUUGAAAAGUGAAUAAAAAUAAGUCGAGAUGCUGCA